UAUACGAAACGGUGUAUCCUGAAUAAAUAACAUGUUAUAGUUCUACCGAAUGACGCAGCGGAAGGACACCACACUGUUGCGUAUAAGUACCGCUGCGAUGCCCUUUGUUCGUCAGACGUGACAGCAGCCGGAGCAGAUCUUUCAUAGCUGGAAAACAUUUGUUUAGUCAAAAUGCAGAUCUUUGUGAAGACCCUCACUGGAAAGACCAUCACCUUGGAGGUGGAGCCAAGUGACACCAUUGAAAAUGUCAAGGCCAAGAUCCAAGACAAGGAGGGCAUCCCCCCAGACCAGCAGCGUCUGAUCUUUGCUGGCAAGCAGCUAGAGGAUGGCCGCACCCUGUCCGACUACAACAUCCAGAAGGAGUCCACCCUCCACCUGGUGCUCCGUCUAAGGGGAGGCAUGCAGAUCUUUGUGAAGACCCUCACUGGAAAGACCAUCACCCUUGAAGUGGAGCCCAGUGACAGCAUUGAGAACGUCAAGGCCAAGAUCCAAGACAAGGAGGGCAUCCCCCCAGACCAGCAGCGUCUGAUCUUUGCUGGCAAGCAGCUGGAGGAUGGCCGCACCCUGUCAGACUACAACAUCCAGAAGGAGUCCACCCUCCACCUGGUGCUCCGUCUAAGGGGAGGCAUGCAGAUCUUUGUGAAGACCCUCACUGGAAAGACCAUCACUGAAGUGGAGCCCAGUGACAGCAUUGAGAACGUCAAGGCCAAGAUCCAAGACAAGGAGGGCAUCCCCCCAGACCAGCAGCGUCUGAUCUUUGCUGGCAAGCAGCUGGAGGAUGGCCGCACCCUGUCCGACUACAACAUCCAGAAGGAGUCCACCCUCCACCUGGUGCUCCGUCUGAGGGGAGGCAUGCAGAUCUUUGUCAAGACCCUCACUGGAAAGACCAUCACCCUGGAAGUAGAGCCCAGUGACAGCAUUGAGAACGUCAAGGCCAAGAUCCAGGACAAGGAGGGCAUCCCCCCAGACCAGCAGCGUCUGAUCUUUGCUGGAAAGCAGCUGGAGGAUGGCCGCACCCUGUCCGACUACAACAUCCAGAAGGAGUCCACCCUCCAUCUUGUGCUCCGUCUCCGUGGAGGCAUGCAGAUCUUUGUCAAGACCCUCACUGGAAAGACCAUCACCCUUGAAGUGGAGCCCAGUGACAGCAUUGAGAACGUCAAGGCCAAGAUCCAGGACAAGGAGGGCAUCCCCCCAGACCAGCAGCGUCUGAUCUUUGCUGGCAAGCAGCUGGAGGAUGGCCGCACCCUGUCCGACUACAACAUCCAGAAGGAGUCCACCCUCCACCUGGUGCUCCGUCUGAGGGGAGGCAUGCAGAUCUUUGUCAAGACCCUCACUGGAAAGACCAUCACCCUGGAAGUGGAGCCCAGUGACAGCAUUGAGAACGUCAAGGCCAAGAUCCAGGACAAGGAGGGCAUCCCCCCAGACCAGCAGCGUCUGAUCUUUGCUGGCAAGCAGCUGGAGGAUGGCCGCACCCUGUCCGACUACAACAUCCAGAAGGAGUCCACCCUCCAUCUUGUGCUCCGUCUCCGUGGAGGCAUGCAGAUCUUUGUCAAGACCCUCACUGGAAAGACCAUCACCCUGGAAGUGGAGCCCAGUGACAGCAUUGAGAACGUCAAGGCCAAGAUCCAGGACAAGGAGGGCAUCCCCCCAGACCAGCAGCGUCUGAUCUUUGCUGGCAAGCAGCUGGAGGAUGGCCGCACCCUGUCCGACUACAACAUCCAGAAGGAGUCCACCCUCCAUCUUGUGCUCCGUCUCCGUGGAGGCAUGCAGAUCUUUGUCAAGACCUCGACUGGAAAGACCAUCACCCUGGAAGUGGAGCCCAGUGACAGCAUUGAGAACGUCAAGGCCAAGAUCCAGGACAAGGAAGGCAUCCCCCCAGACCAGCAGCGUCUGAUCUUUGCUGGAAAGCAGCUUGAGGAUGGCCGCACCCUGUCCGACUACAACAUCCAGAAGGAGUCCACCCUCCACCUGGUGCUGCGUCUCCGUGGAGGAAACUAAUCCCCCUCCUCUCUAAAGAAGUCUAUAGAAAGCCACCCAUCUAUACCAGGGUUGAAUUUACUCUUUUUGCUCCGGCUGUCAGUCAUUCCAUAUUUUAUUUUUUCCCCCUUGAUUUUUUAAAGUUUAAAUAAAGAUUGAGCAUUCCUGACUUUUGCAUUUUAGUUUGAUAUUCAUUAAGGAUGGUUUAGCUGACAGUGUGUUUAUGGGGUUCUAGAAUUUGAUUUAAGGUAAUUUAUUAAACAGAAAAUACAUACGCAUGAUGUAAACGUGUUUAAAUUGGAUUGAAGUGUGUGUGGUAAAAGUGGUCCAGCAUAAAUAAAAGUUCACAAUCGGGUUAUAAAUAUAAUGUUGACUGUAGUUCGAUAUGCCCCCAGAAUGGAGCCUCUGGAAAUACUGCUGUGACAACUGUUGAUCGUAACAAUAAAAUGACUUCUUACCGUCA